UUGUGAGCGGAGCGCGGGAGCUGCGAGUCCGGCGUCCGCUGGGUCCGGGAAAGGCCUUAAGAAGUUUGUGCGCUUCCGGCUGCUUCUUGGGAAGCCAAGGCUGCUUCCUCACGACUUUCCGGUCUUAGCCGCCUGUUACCUCAGAGCGCCUCUCUGCCUCCCUGGUGCCCAGAUACCUGGUUCGGAGAAGAUGACGGAGGAACUGGACCUCACAGGACAGGACUCUGAUGCGGGUAGUGAAGAGGUGGUCCUGACCCCUGCAGAGCUCAUUGAAAGGCUGGAGCAGGCCUGGAUGAAUGAAAAGUUUGCCCCUGAGCUGCUGGAAAGCAAGUCUGAGAUUGUAGAGUGUGUCAUGGAGCAGCUAGAUCACAUGGAAGAAAAUCUCAGGAGAGCCAAGAAGGGGGAUCUGAAGGUCAGCAUUCAUCGGAUGGAGAUGGAGAGGAUCCGCUAUGUCCUCAGCAGCUACUUGCGGUGUCGGCUUAUGAAGAUAGAGAAGUUUUUCCCUCAUAUCCUUGAAAAGGAGAAAACAUCCCAUGAGGGGGAGCUGUCUAGCCUUUCUCCAGAGGAGCUGGUCUUUGCCAAACAGUACAUGGCUAACACAGAGACCUACCUUAAGAAUGUUGCCUUAAAGCAUAUGCCUCCUAACUUACAGACGGUGGACCUCCUGAGGUCAGUUCCCAAACCAGAUCUAGAUUCAUACGUGUUUCUGAGAGUGAAAGAACGACAGGAAAACAUCCUGGUAGAACCAGAAACAGAUGAGCAAAGGGACUACGUGAUUGACUUGGAGGAAGGCUCCCAGCACUUGAUCCGCUAUAAAACCAUUGCGCCCCUGGUUGCUUCUGGAGCAGUUCAGCUGAUAUAAAAUCGAAAGCAAACACAGAAUAAUGACAGCAUGGAACCCUAAAGGAAAUGUGUAAGAUCUCUUCACUGCUUUGUGCCUAAGGACUGCAGACUUUCCUGGCAGUGCUGCAGGUUUUGGGGCACUGAGAAGGCGCUCAGGCAGGAUUCCUAACUUGCCACACGUCCUCACUGCCUGCCAUCCCAGCCACAGUCAGCAGAUGGAGCCACCGCUCUGUUGCUUCCGCGUGCUGGCCGAGUCCUCCGAGAUGCUCACUUUGUGGGCCUUUUUCCUUUGUGGUAUUUCUUGAGCUAAAGAAAGUGAGACAACCGCAGUUCAUAAAAAAGCAUCGCUGCCUAUGAUUAGGAGACAGUAGUUAGCCCUGACCUGAGAGGGACCGGAUAGUUCUUUCACAUCCCCGAUAAGAAGAAGAUAAAUGCCAUAGAAAAACCGAAGAUGAAGUAUCUUCUGGAUUAUCUCACUGGAUUGUGUGAACUAACCUUCUGGAACCUCUAAUAUCAGACUUAAGACCGAUGUCUGCCCUGGUUAAUAGAGAAUCAUAACUAAACCAAGAAACCAUUUCUGAGUUUCAGUUUUGUGCCAGAAGGACCCUCUGGCCAGCUCUCGGUUGGUAGCCUAAUGAAGUAUGUGCUCCCUGCUGCUAACCUGCAGCCUUCCUGAAUCUCGGGCAGCUUUGCCAAGCCAACCUCCAGGCCAUCUGGCCACUCUUGGCCGGGGAUCUGCUAACAGCAACAUUAACUGUCCUAUCUUGUGACCUCAGUAACAGCGUUUCUGUUUUUAGCUCUACUUUCUCAAGGGAAGCGGAUGAAAUUAACAUGAGCAGAGAGCAUCAUGGUGAUAUCUGAAGGAAGGAUGUAGAGACCGUGAAUGAAUCGUCUUUCCCUGAAACAUGAUAAAAAGGAACCUGCAUUCCAGUCUUUUGCUGAUGAGAAGGCAGCAGAUUUUCAUUUAUAUAAUAUUGGCUGUUAGAGAAAUCAAUGUAAUAUGGCUAUCAUUUCCAAGAAAAAUCACUGAGAAAAAGCAAGGAGGGUUUAUUUGUUAAUAAAAGCAUUUAUAUUUCAGGCA